GUGACGUGGAGAUCCGUAGCGAUGGCCGGCACGGAAGAAGUGCUCCAGGGCGGCUGGGAGCAGGAUCUGACUGAUGCCCUUGACUCAGGGGGCUGUGACUUAGAGACUGCGAGAAACAUCAUCCAGGGCCGGCAGCUACCUGCUGCCCAGAGGGCUAGGGUGUGGAAGAUUGCCCUCAAUGUGGCAGGGAAGGGGGAUGCUUUGUCUUCAUGGGAUGGUUCUUUGGACCUCCCUGAACAGACACUCAUCCAUGACAGAUGUCAGCAGAUUGUUGACCAGCUGGAGAUGCCAGGAGAGGACAGGGCUGCCACACUGGCUGACUUGGAGUCAGUCCUCACCUUCUACUGCAAGUCGCGGAACAUCGCUUUCUCACUAGAGCUGAGCUGGCCAGACCUGCUGAAGCCCCUGCUGACUCUCAGGCUGCCUCGCAGUGACCUCUACAACUGUUUCUAUGCCGUCAUGAAUAAGUACAUCCCCAGAGACUGCGUGGCCCGAGGUCGGCCUUUCCACCUCUUCAGAUUGCUGCUUCAGUACCACGAACCUGAGCUCUGUUCUUUUCUGGACACCAAAAAAAUCACGCCGGACUCCUACGCCCUCCACUGGCUGGGCAGCAUGUUUGCCAGUCAUUGCAGUCCUGAGGUCACCCAGGCCAUGUGGGAUGUCUACAUGCAGCAGGCCGACCCCUUCCUCAUCUUCUUCCUCAUGCUCAUCAUCCUCGUCAAUGCCAAAGAUACUGCUCUUGCCCAGCAGGGAGACAGUAAAGAAGACAUCAUAAAGAUGCUUGAAGGCUCCCCAUGUCACCUAGAGGCCGAGGACAUCGAGGACCUCUUUUCCUUGGCACAGUACUACUCUAGCAAGACACCAUUGUCGCUUCGGAAGGAGAACCAAAAUCUGUUUGGCAGCAGCCUGGUGGCACUCAAGGAAGAUGACAUGGAUCUGAGCCAAGCUCUGUGCCUCCCUGUGUCGGUGCCUGAGCUCCUCCAGGCCAACCAGCUGCAGCCGGAUGGAGUACGAUUUUUUGUGGUCGACUGCCGCCCAGCAGAGCAAUAUAAUGCUGGACACCUGGCGACUGCCUUCCACCUGGACUCUGACCUGAUGCUGCAGAACCCGUCCGAGUUCGCCCUGUCAGUGAAAUCCCUGCUGGAAGCACAGAAGCAGUCUCUGGAGUCAGGCUCCUUUGCCAGUGGGGAGCACUUGUGUUUUAUGGGAAGCGGACGAGAGGAGGAGGACAUGUACAUGAACAUGGUGCUCGCCCACUUUCUGCAGAAAAACAAGGAAUACGUAAGCAUCGCAAAAGGAGGUUUCAUGGCACUACAGCAGCACCUGGCUGAUAUUAAUGUGGAGGGCCCUGAUAAUGUGUAUGUGCACUGGAUCGUCAGCACCUCUGGGUCCCACAGCAGCCUCAGCUCCGUGGAUGGAGAGGUGCUCAAUGGGGAUGGAAAAGGAGUGAAGUCACUUGUUAACAAGAUGACAUUUGCUCUGAAGUCAAAGUCUGUAAAUGUGAAGGAGAAGGUGAUCAGCUUCAUUGAGAAUACCAGUGCUCCUGUGGACAGAAUAUCUUUCACUCUGCCCUGGCCAGAGAAAGGGAUUCUGGAUCGGCACGUGAGCAGCAAUGACCGUGUGGGGAGGCCGUACCGGGGCGUGAAGCCCGUAUUCAGCAUAGGUGAUGAGGAGGAGUAUGAUACAGAUGAGAUCGACAGCUCAUCCAUCUCAGAUGAUGACCGCAAGGAGAUUGUCAACAUUCAGACCUGGAUCAACAAGCCAGAUGUUAAGCACCACGUGCCCUGUAAUGAAGUGAAGGAGACUGGUCAAAAGUUCCCAAGCCAUCUCCUGGUGACAGCUACGCACAUGUACUGUCUGCGGGAGAUCUCCUCCCGCAAGGGUUUUGCCUAUAUCCAGUCCCGGCAGGCGCUCAGCUCCGUGGUAAAGAUUACCUCUAAGAAGAAGCACCCUGAGCUCAUCACCUUCAAAUUUGGGAACAGCAGCACAUCUGGUGUGGAGGUCCUGGCAGUGGAGAGGUACCUUAUACCAAAUGCUGGCGAUGCCACCAAGGUCAUCAAGCAGCAAAUCAUGAAGGUCCUGGAUGCCCUGGACAACUAAGAGAGCCCUGGUGCACAGGGGCGAUUGAUGGUGUUGUGAAGAAGUGCAAGGGGGGAGGUGGGUCUAUGCCAGUGGAGGACAUGAUGCUCACUCCACCUCUCCCCAGUUCUCCACUAUGUGAAGCACCUGAUAAACUUAAA